UUUUCAUGUUGAAUGAUAGAUUUUGUUUGUUAAAAGCUUCAUUCUCAGUGAGUGGGAGUACAAAUAGGGCUGCCGCUGGGAUUCCUUCACAUCAAAGCUCCUACUCCACAACAGCCAUAGACACGGCGCGACUGCCACGGCGAUUUAUUACAACUGCAAUUUCUCGCAUAAAAACUCAAAUUUAUGGACUCUUUACGAUACACCUAAGCGUAAAAUUUAAAUAACUUUACAUUAACACUCAAACAUCAUCAGUAAGACGUAAACUAAUACGAUAAAAUAGGGAAAUUAAAUGAGUAACUGGCUAUUUCUCGCGCAAAUCGAUGGUGCGGCCCGACCCCCCCCCAGCACUAUAAAUACACCCCCCAGUAGGCGCGAGACGUCUCAUACACCAGUACGCAGUGAGAGGAGAGCUAUGUAACCUCAACGUUAAAAUUGCUAGCACUAAUAAAGCCUACAGACGGUAUAUUAGAGCUGUGACUAAUAGCUAAGACUUAGGAGUUAAAUCAGAGGGAAACAGGCACAAAGAUAGAGGGAAAUAAAUCCUUUUUCCUGAGUGUGAUUAUUAUGCCUUCAGAGAUAACCUGUGAAAUGCGUGACCGAGCUUAUCGAAUCUGUCGCGACUAUCUCCACGGCGCCUGGAAACUCAUCACCCCGCACGAAAUGGUCAUCAAGCAGAUCAGCGGCGGCUUGUCUAACCUGCUGUACUACUGUGCCCUGCCCGCCUCCAACCCCCCCAAGGCCACUGAGCCCUCUGAGGUGCUGCUCAGGAUCUACGGACAGGUUCAUGGGGAGGAUGCACUGGAGUCUGUGCUAGCGGAGAGUGUAAUCUUUGCUCUGCUGUCUGAGCGUCGCCUUGGUCCCCGGCUGUAUGGCGUGUUUCCCGGCGGCAGGCUGGAGCAGUUCAUUCCAGCCCGUCCACUCUUCACGCAGGAGCUGGCAGACCCAGACCUCUCGGCCAUCAUUGCCACCAAGAUGGCCAACAUUCACGCCCUCAAUGUGCCCAUCAGCAAGGAGCCCUGCUGGAUCUGGAACACCAUGGAGAGGUGGCUGCGAACCAGCCAGGGGUUCCUAAGCCAGAAGCCACAGCUCAGUGGAGAGCAGGACAGCAGCAUGGUGGAGCGCCUGCAGAAGAUUGACUACCGUGGUGAGAUGGAGUUCCUGAGGCAGGUGGUGGCCAAGGUGCAGUCCCCCGUUGUGUUUGCCCACAAUGACAUGCAGGAGGGUAACAUUCUCCUCAAGACCGGGCCCAAGCCAGCCACAGGAAAUGACCGCAUUGCUCUCAUUGACUUUGAGUAUUGCUCCUACAACUACCGCGGAUUUGACCUGGCCAACCACUUCUGUGAGUGGGUGUAUGAGUACAAGCUUCCCGUGCACCCCUACUUCACUGUGGACUGUGACAACUACCCCAGCAGGCAGAAGCAGGUGGACUUCAUCCGCACCUACCUGGACGCCUACGAGAGGAGCAGGCGGGGCAAGCCGGCAGCAACACAGGGUCAGGCAACAGCCAUGAGUAAUGGCAUUGAGGAGCCCAUGGCCUCUCUGCACCACAACGGGAGCUCUGAGCCACACCCACUGCAGCUGGCACCCGCACCAUCCUCACCCCCCAGCCACCCUGCAGAGGAGACACUGCUGCAGGAAGUGGCAGCUUUCACACCCGCCUCACACCUGUUCUGGGCGCUGUGGUCCAUUGUGCAGAGCCAGGUGUCCACCAUUCCCUUUGGCUACAUGGAAUACGCAGUGACCCGAAUGGACCACUACUUUGAGGACAAGGCAAAGCUGCGUCUCGACCAGCUCACCAAACGCAAGUCUGAUGCCAUCACAGAGGAGGGCUAGUACGGGCGGCAGCUCACAAGAACACCCAGACAGAACCACAACUGAGGACGCCUGGUGCCUUAGAACUAUGCUGGGUUGGGCUGUGUUUUUCUCUACUCAAAUGGGAGGGAAGAGGGACCAUGGUGCUAAUGUUAACUCUUCGUGCGUGUGGGAGGGUCUUAAGUGAUUGUGAGUGGCGGAUGUGCUUGUCCUAGCUGUCUGUCUGCUGUCUAUUGGUAACUGACAUGAUGGCUGGUUCACGUCUUCCUUUAGUGUUGGUGUGUUGUUGCAAUCAGUUCACUGUAACACUAAAGAGAUGCAGUGAUGUGUAUGUUGCUGUUGUUGUUGCUAUGAGGUGGUGAGUCUUUCCAGCAGCAUCUUACACACAUUAUCUCACUGAGCACAUCACUCACAAAGACACAAUUCCUUCUGAUGAUUUGUGUCUGGAGUAAUUUCAUGAAGGAAUUUCCCAACUGUUUAUUCUUUAUUUUUAUCUAUUUAUUCAUUUUUUUUUUCUUAGCUUAAUAGAAUGGUGGGGAGUUUAAACCAUUCAGUAGUUGCUGUGGCUGUGUAUAUGUUUGGUGUCAGUGUGUGAACAGCCUGUGAUCUUAGAAAUCUUAUAGUCUGGCAAGAUUCUCCUCAAGUUGAAAUGAAUACUUGAGUGUCUGGUAGAAAAUCCGUGAUUGGGCAUUAACAGUGUUCACUUGUCCUCUUCCUUCUUGUCCUCUUCCUCUUCUUCCUCCUUUUUUUCUACACCAGAGAUACAGUGUUACAUUUUACCUGUAUUUUAGAUUAGUAGUCGUUAGUUUUAAAGCUAAACUGUGGGGAUAGACAUUUUAGGAGGGAGAGGUAGGGGAGGGGAGGGAACGUAGGAGUGUAUAUAUGUGUGUGUGGGCUGUGAUAACUCUCCUGCACUGUGAUGGCCGGCACCCUUCCGCCCCUCAUGUUUGUAAAUACCUCAGAACGUUCCUCAUCAUCCACCAGUCCACUCAUUCAUGUCGCAAGGGGGGCGGCGGGGGCGGCUCCACUCAUUAUGUCCUCCACCUGGUGUCUCCACAGAGCUUGCAGGUUACAACUGGAGAUAACAUUAGGGUUCUUCUGUUCAUGAUAGGCUGCUUGUGUGCUGCAGUGCCAUGGCUUGAGGUUUUGAAGCACAGUGCCACUUUUUAACACUUUUUAACAUUCACACAUUCAUAACCAAGAGUGUGUUGAUAUUCUGCACUCACAUUGUGUUUAGUAUUUCCCUGCAUUGAAAGGCUACUGAUGUGUUGACAGCCUCCUUAUGCAACCUGACAUCUAACAAUCUUCAGGUAAUUCAGAGGGAUUUGUGUUUAGUAUUUGCAAUGAAAGGCGACUAAUGUGUUGACGGCCUCCUUAUAAAACCUGACAUCUAACAAAUUUUAAGUACAUCAGAGGCUUUCAGACUGAGGGAGGAUACUCAACAUUCUGGUGAGUGUGGAAUGUUGACAAGUUUCUGGUUAUGAGUGUACAAGCCAGUGCCACGUUACUUCCACGUCAACUUAUCAACAGUUCAAAAGGAAAUACAAACUUGCUGGCAGUCUUGGAAAAUGUUCCUCACUCAUAUCAAGGUGAUUUAAAGGCCAUUUGGUGAGGCUUCCUGGGAACACUACACAUCUCACAUCAAAGUUAAGCUGUUCACUGAAUGACCAAGACACUCAUGUAUCUUGUGAGUGUCUUAUCCCUACAGGAGCAUCAAGGAAACACUGCAAAAUUGAUCUGAAGGAAGGAUAAAUUGGCUAUUAAGGCUGUCACUGGGGACUGAACCCUGGCAGGACAUUCAAGCUAAGGUCAGUGUUCAGAAAUACUUUGUUCUCUCACCACCACUAUUUUCAAAGGCCACAGAGAUGAAUAGCCAGGUUCUCAAGGGUGUUUCUUUUGUUAAUACCGCAGAAAUCUUGUUAAUCUCUCACUAAAACCAUAAAAAAACACCCUUAAAAAUCUCACUUUUGGACGUAGUGGAGGUGUGGCACAGAGAUGUUUCAGAAUAUGGUCUUUAAACUGAGGCACUGUACACUGCAACACUGCAUCAUAAGGCUGCCAGAGUUGUUUGUAAUUUCCUCAAUCAUUAUAUGGGAAUUAUGAAUCACUAGUUGUCUUUGAUCACUGAAAGUAUGUAUAGUGAAUCAUAUAGUUAGUUCUAUAAUUCAUGUGGAGUUACUAGGUAUUAUACAGAAAGUAAGACCAUUUUGUAGCCAGUAUUUUAUAUGAGCAUUUUUCUUAUUUGGUAAAGAAAAACAAAAGUUCCUUUUAUGGCAGAAUAAUGUUGAACUUUGUAAUGAUCUUGAACAUAUAUAUAUAUAUUUGAAAGAACAUAUAUAUAUAUUUGAAAGAAUUGUAAAAAUCUUGAAGAAAAUAUAUGAAAGAAAAGAAGGAAAACUAAAUAUAUGAAAAUCUACAAACAAGAUGCAAAAUAUCAGAUCAAAAAAGAGCAUUAUUCCCUAAAAUAAAGAAAUCUAAGAAAUACACUGUAUUUGCUGGCACUAAGACGUACCCCAUGUAAAAAGAAUGAACAGAAAAAAAGGGAACACAGAUAUCAGUGUGUGUCUCAUGUGGCCACACUGUGGAAUGAAAGGCUGGACACACAAUGAAGGACAGCCAGGCGUGUGGGGCUUGGCGGCCUGGUGUGAGGUGCUGAGUGGUCAAAGUAUUUCACUGUACAUACACACACACAUGAUGAUAAUAAAUAGAUAGAUAAAACUAUUAGUAGUAAUAUUCACAGUAAUCAAAAGGAGCAAGUUGGUGGUAAGGUAAAUUUUAGAGCUAUUUCAAUAUUUUCAGCCAUUCAUUAGGGGCCUGCAAUAACACACGACAGACUUUGGUUGCCUCACAGUAUUUCCUUCACAUUUUAACUAGCACAAUCUUUUCAUGGUAGCUGAAUCCUAGUUGAAAAAACAACUAAUAAAUUUAUAAUGAAACAAUAGUUUUUCAUCAGAAUAUCAAUAAAUCUUUUCUUUAAACUUCCUUGUAAGAUAGAGCUGCAGUCUGUGGGGAAGUGCAUCUUUCCGCUAGCAAAUACGGUAUUUCACGAAAAAAAAAAAUCACAAAAUGCUCAUUCACAGUUUCCCACAUAAGCUUUCACAACGCCCAUCAAGACCACCGCGGCAACGAGAGCAACAUUCCCUGGUGCAUUUAGUUCAGUGUCACCCACAGUGUGCACUGAGAUGGUUCAUAUUCUUAAAUGUGUUGGUGUCUUGACUACUUUUAUGAAGUUAUUUGCAGUUUUCAAGAGUUUUAUAAUUUUGCUAGUAGUUAGACAGGCUUUAGUGGAAACUGUUGCUGUUUUGAAGAGUGUUUUCAUGAUUCUAGUAAUACACUGUAGGUUUCAAGGAUAUUUUCAUAAAUCUAGUGACAGCAUAACAGUAAUUCAGUGGGAAGAAACACGGUGAGAAUCGUAUGUGAUGUGUAAGAACAGUGAUGGUGAGUGAACACAGCAUUUCAGAAUAUGAGCCAUUGUUUCCAUUGUCUGGGUGACUCAUGCAGUGGUGAGCAUCUGUUCCACACUCCCUGGCAUCCACUGGACUGACCCCAGGCUGGCAAUCAAAAUAGGAAUGAGGGAAUGUGGUUUUUAUGAAGCAUGCAAUGUGGCAAGAUGAAGGAUAGGAACACUGAGGGAGUGAGAGUAUUAGAUAGGGAAGACAGUGGGGAGUGAGACAAGGAAAUGAGAGAGGAGGAGGCAAGGAGUGAUGGGAAGGACUGUAAGGGCAGUGACUUAGUGCAUCAAGGAUGGGAGGCAGAGGGAAAGGAAGGACCACAAGGGUGAUGUCAGGUAUGGUGAGGAUAGGGAAAACAGUCACUGUCAUCCAGUCAUGAUGUAAAUAUGAAUGACAAAAAUCAUGAUGAGUUAUAUUUUGUAAAUUGAAAAUUUCUAAAAUGAAACAUGGAUUUUAAAGAAAUGUUUCUGUUUAAUGCACUUUUUAACGUUCUUUAAUAUAGACCGUUUAGAUUUUUCACUUAAUUGCAAUUUUGCAAAUUCUGCUUUGUAAAUUGAGGCAAAGACAAAAUUACUUUAUUAGUUUGAAAAUUUGUAAAUUGGAUGUUUGUAAACUGCAUUUUUUCUUGCAAAAUGUUUUGCUGCCUUCAUGACUGUCACUCAGGUGGACAGUCUUGCAGUAUCUUCCAUGUCACUGGGCAAGUUGUGAACUGACUGUGAGUCUGGUGAGCACCAGCUGUGAAUACACCGGUCAGUCUCCACUUAGGGCUGUGUGAUGAGCAAUGAGUGGGGACGUGUGUGCCACUCAGUUUCCACUUGUGGAACACUGCAGCAGUGUUUGGGAGUGUGGAUCCUAGAAGACAGAGGAAUGCAGGACUGCCUGGUGAUGCCAUGAUGGUGACACACAGCCACUGUGGCCUGUGGUGUGGAGGGUGGUGAGGCACUCACACUGGGGAAGGCUGAUUACACUUGGUGUCACCAACUCCUUUCAGUAAUAUUACUAUUUGCAAAUGUCACUGACUGAUGCUCUUACUUGUUGAUUGACUUAAUUAUUCCUGCCUUAUUUUAUAACAUGUGACAAACCGACCAUCUUGUCUAUCAACACACAAAACAGAAGUGGCUCAUGAGCUGUCCAAUCACGUGAGGGAGACUAAAUGAUGAUGAUGACUUUCUGUUGUUACCAAAACAUUCAUUUGUAAGACACAGUACCAAAUUUUUUAAAAUCUGUAAUCUGAUGCUAAACAAUUUUGAAUGAAUACAAAACUAAUUUCUCCUGUUUUAUAGCAAGACGGGAAUAUUUGUGUCAGUUAGCAAGUUCAUGCAUAAUGUAGCAGCAUUGUUACCAAGUUUACGUGUCCUUGGCUGGAAAUGUUACCAAGACAGUCAGUGAUGCAAUGAAUGGCAUGUUGUGAAGUAAAAAAGUUAAAGCAGUGAUACAUUUAACAAAGAAUGAGAUAAACUAGUACAUUGCCAAGUUUAAAGUGGAUAAUGGUGAUGCAUUGAAAAAGGAAAGACAUGAAGCAUUGUAAGAUUAUGUCAAGCAGUAGUCUGUCUGUUCCAACAAUGUUUAUACAGUGUGCCCAUGCCAGUGGAGGCCGUGUGUCACUGCCACGGUGUUAGGCAACUGGCGUGUCUUCUCUCAGAUCUCUAAGGGGUGUGGAACGUAACAACUGCAUUCAUGUGAUAUAGUAGUACUGUAUGUAUAUACGUAUAUAUAUUUUUUACAUUACUCAUUAUUAUAUAUAUACAUUAACUCAUAUUCCAUUUUUAACAUAGUGCCUCAUUAUUAAGCAUUUUGAAUUGCGAUAUAUACUUGUUACUGUUUGGUUUAGUCUAUGUUAUAAUUUCUGGUGAAUGUGCAAUAGUAUUCUUUGGAUUCCCUGACUGGGUUUCCAUUUUGUAUUCAAGGAGAAAUAGUUUUACAUACAAUCCUGAGUUGCUCAUAGAUGUUACUGAGGCAACCACAAUGGUUCAUAGUGUUGUGCCUUUCUUUUGGGAUAUGUAAUGGUUUUAGUUUUGUGGUUUUAUUCCAGUCACAUUAGAAUGUCAGUAUGAGUUAUACAGGAGUGUAUUAGUGGAAGUAACUGGUGUGUGUGUGUGUGUGUGUGUGUGUGUGUGUGUGUGCAAGCUAGUCAUGCAGCGGCCAACUCUUUCAAAGCCAACUUGUACUGUCAUCUUUAACAUUCUGUGCCAAAAGAUGUGUCUGCCUUCACUGUAAGAGAGUUCCUUAAGGCAAAGUUAUGCCUCUGCGUUAUUAUUAAAGUAACCUUAAAAUUGUGGUUAUAGUUAGACUGUGUUUUAGGAGAUUACUACUUGAUAUGGUCAUACUAGUUAUCCAGAUAUAGCAGGAAAAAGUAUUGGGUAGUUAUUUAGAUCAGGAAACCAUUGGCCAGAAUAGUAAGAAAUCUGAUGAAAACUGUGAAACAAAAUAAUGAAAAGAAAAGUAAAUAAAGUUUGAUGCAUUACUAUCAUAAUCUAGAAAAGAUGUAAACAUUCCAGUAAAAAUAAUAAAUUGAAAAAGGAUUUUAUAUAUAUAUAUAUAUAUAUAUAUAUAUAUAUAUAUAUAUAUAUAUAUAUAUAUAUAUAUAUAUAUAUAUAUAUAUAUGUAUAUAUAUUAUUUUAAUUUGUUUGGUAUGUCACCAUGAACUACGUGUACCACUUUACUACUAUUUUUUUACUUGUUGAUUUUUAAGAAUGAAAUUUACAAUUCAAGUGAUCCUCUCUUCUGUUUGUUUACUUUACUUUCCAUUUCAUCUUUUUACUAGUUUUUUUUUGCCUCUCUUUUUUUUUAUUGCACAAAUAACAUACAUGCUUGAAUGAAUGGAUAAUGCACAUGUAUGACAAAAGGUAUGACUGAAUGAAAAGUGAAUGUUUGACAAUAAAUAUGAUUGUUGAUGAAGUAAAUGUCAUAAAAUGUGACAGACGAUGAAGACAAUUUUUAGCAGAGAGGUGAAGCGACAAUGAACUGAAAAAGUCACAAGGAAAAUUAGUUGGAACCAAAAUUUGAGUUAUGUAUAAAUGGAAAACUGAGACAAAUAGCUGAGGAUGUGACAAAAGAUAACUGGACCAAAAAAUUUCAUAAAAUUAGAACAAGAGCAGCAAAAAGUAUGAAUGUAAAGCAAAAUUAAAGAGAUAUGAAUGAAAGACUGACGAUGGUGAAGAGUUAAUGACAAAUAAUGAUGAAAAAAACAAGUUGAAAGAAAGACGAGAGAGAAGAAAAGAAAAGAUAUAACAAAUACAACAAGUUGAUGAAUAAUUAUUUCUGAUGCAUGAAUAAGAUAAAAAAAAAAUAGAUAACAAAAACAGAACAAAAAAAUCAAGAAAAUACUGAUAAAAUUUGAAAUAAAAAGGACAUAAUGUAUGGGAUGAAUGGCUGAUGAAUAGUGGAGACAAGACGGACGGUUUAGGGACCCAGCAAUUUAAUGGUUCACUUGGUGGUUAGCAAGAUAGCAUGUGAAAGAGUUCAAGUUCACUCCAGUUCAUGUUAUUUUGGUGCAGAAUUUCCCACUACAAUGUACUGAAGAGGUCAGGUCACUCAGGGUCAAGUCAGUGUGUUUCAUCCACUUUGGCAAAUAAUCCACAUCCCUUCAUCCUACUUGAAGCUCCUGACUGGCUGUAUGGUGAAAAUUAUCGAACUGAUAGUAGAAUCAUACAAUUUUAUUCUGUGUCUGAUGGUAGGCAUGGAAGGAGGUGGAACUUAUCUGCCAAGUUAACCUGAACAGACUCAAAGCGGUAGAGGAGUGGAGGAAGGCUGGAAGAAUCUGCCAAGUUAACUAGGAGAGACUCACAGAUAUAGAGGACUGGAAGAAGACAGGAUGAAUAUGGCAAGUCAACCUGAACAGACUCAUUCAUUGGGGGAGUGUGUGGUAGGCCCAUUGUGGAGUAUGCCAUGGGAUCAACACAUGUAAAUAUUAGCAUAUCAGUCAAUCAGUUGGCAAGGAAACACUCUCACCUCCAUGUUGUGAGAAGUAGCCUUUUUUUCUGCUUUUUAUUAACAUUGGAAGAUUGUAACAGUUGCCCAGAGAGACUCGGCACAGGAAGAGCUCAAAAUUUUAGUUCCUUCAAGAAUGCGAUGGUUCCCUUAGCUUUUCGUAGCCUGCUUGGGGUGCUAGAAACUGUUAAUUUAGUACAUGAAGGGAUCUUGUGAAUAGCGUGGUUCCCUUCAUGUUUUAUACUCAACUAGGGCACUAGAAAGUAAUCCAGCAAGUAAAUGAUGUCUUAUGAACACAGUGAUUCCCUUAGCUUCAUAUAUUUUGCUGGGGGUGCUAGACACUCGUAAUGUAGUGAGCAAAUGGUUCUCUUAUGACCACAAUGAUUCCUUUACUCUUUUUGUACUCUUUUGGGGACUCUAGUUAGAAAUUAAUAUCAAAAUGUUCAACAAUACUUCUAUCUGUGAGAGUCACACACCUGGUACAGAGGUAAAAUAUCAACAAACUAUUUCAAGUAUGAAUUUAUCUAUCAAAAUAUCACCAUCAUCAUAAAGAAACUAUAAACUUAAUUUUUAUACUUUUCAUAUUAAAGGCAGAAAAAAAAGUUAAGGAAGAUGAAUCAAUGAGCAUUACUUUUCAGUGUUGGGAAGGUAAAUAACCAAUCCACUACUGAAAAGCCUCAACUUAGUGCUGGCUGACAGGGAACACAGUGACUUGGGGCAGACAGAGAACAAGACUUGGGGAUGACAGAGAACACAGUGACUUGGGGCAGACAGGGAACAAGACUUGGGACUGACAGGGAACACAAUGACUUGGGGCAGACAGGGAACAAGACUUGGGGCUGACAGGGAACACAGUGACUUGGGGCAGACAGGGAACAAGACUUAGGAACAACAGAGAACAAGACUUGGGGAAGACAGGGAACAGUCACUUGGUUGCAGUAUUCUGUGCCGCGCCUCUCUGGGUGAUACACAGCAAAGCGUCCGGCCCUCGCGGCGCACCCUGUUUGUGAUACUGUUCUUUUUCUCAUGGAACUUGAAGUAAAUAAAUAAUUGCAAUGUA